AAUUGAUAAUCUCGGAAGAAGGAGAAGGGCAUGUGGUAAUUGGUAUCUGGUAGUGGCGAGACUCUUUAUAAAGCUUGAACCCCACCUCUCUUUCUUUUCGUCUCUUCUCUCUCUCUCUCUCUCUCUCUCUCUCUCUCUCUCUCUCCCCUUUUCAGUUUCGACAAAGUUGCUGCAACAUUUCAGUCCUCCCAAGCCCAAGCUUCCAGUACUGACAGUUAUACAGCCAUGUCUUUGAGCUCCGAUGAUUUGUCAGCAUGGGAGGAACUGGAGUGACGUCACAGACCAGACAAAGGAAAAUCUCUGUUUUUUGCGAUCGAUUUGGAGGAAAGUUGAAAAGAUUCAGAGUGGUUAAUUUUGAGGUUUGGUUUCAGAAUUAAUGGCGACGUACCUUCAAGGCCGCCCAGAAAUCCAAGUUGAUGGUUUUCAGACGCUUUAUCUGAUAAACCCUAACCACAUAGGGUACACUGCUGACACACAGCCACCGGCCAAUAUGUUCUUCAUGGACUCCGCCGCGGGGAACGCUUUCAGCGCCACCACUAUGGCUCACGCGCCACCACUCCACUUCAGCGGUAUUCCCUUCCCAACCGUCGGAUCGGCCACUUCGGAGGAUCCUAACCGUCCGCCAAUGCAUGAAAUUCCAACCCUACAUGGCAUCCCCCGUUUCCUGAACAAUUCAUGGGGAACAGUUGAUCAAGCCGCCGCCGGAGUAAGAGGUGCGACAAGUGGUUUAUCGGGUUUAGACUUUGAUAAGUCGGCGGUGUCACCGACAUCCAACCAAGUUUUGUCCUUGAGUCUAUCUUCUUCCCAACCGCUCGGUUACUGGUCAACCACUGGUGAACAUGACAUUACGGAACUGGCUCCAGCGACAUCUCCGACAACCGGUGGCUAUGGGCGGAGCUCCGGAGACUCGAUAUCUUCUGUGUCUAAUCGAAUCUCAGGAUCGCGAAAUGUGAUUUGGGGCUCAAAGUACUUAAAGGCUGCGCAACAACUGAUUGAUGAAGUUGCUAAUAUGGGGAAAGUAAUUGAGUCCCACGUUGAAGAAAUGACUAAAGAGAAGUUGAAGGUGAUUAGGGACUCGACUCGACCCGGAAGCAUUAUUGGGGUUGAUCUAACCACGGCUGAAAGACAGGAGCUUCUGGAGAAGAAGACAAAGCUGGUCAGCAUUCUCGACGAGGUGGAGCAAAGGUACAAACAAUACCAUCACCAGUUGCAGAUCGUAGUUUCAUUAUUUGAGAAGGCAGCCGGGAUUGGGUCCGCAAAACCGUACACUGCCUUGGCUUUGCAGACAAUCUCAAAGCAAUUUAGGUGUCUGAAAGAUAUGAUCACGGUGCAGAUCAUGCAAGCAAGCCAGAGCCUCGGCGAGGACCGUGACUCGGCUGGGAGAAAGGCCGAGUGUUCGAGAUUCAAGCUUGGUGUGAAUGUUCCACCUAAUUCCUGGAGACACCAGAGAGGAUUGCCCGAAAGAUCGGUUUCAAUUCUUCGCGCCUGGCUCUUUGAGCACUUCCUUCACCCCUAUCCAAAAGACUCAGACAAGCACAUGCUUGCAAAACAAACAGGACUUACUAGGAACCAGGUGUCCAACUGGUUCAUAAACGCCCGAGUCCGGCUAUGGAAGCCAAUGGUAGAGGACAUGUACUCGGAGGAAAUAAAGAAUCAAGAACAAAAAGAUUCGGAGACCAAUACGAGCAAUGGUACUGAAGCUAACAAGGAAUCAGUUCCAAAAACUUCUCUGCAUGAGGAUGGUACUGAUCAAAUUGAGAGAUCUAGACAAGUCAACCAGAAUAAUUCUCCUCCCAAUUACGAGAUCUCGAAUUCCACUGCCUCGACAUCACCAGUGGGCAUGAAGCCGAUGCGGAAUUCAGACACCCAGACUUCAUCAACCACGAUCCUUUCAGUAGACAUGAACAUGAACAACCAUAAUACGUUAAUACAAGGAACUGCUAAUCAUGGUGGAUUUGGCAGCUCUUACCCGAUUGGCGAAAUUGGGCGAUUUGAUCCGGAGCUGUUGGCAACAACAUACCAUGGCAAUGCUAUUUCUCUCACUCUUGGCCUUCCUCACACUCGCAGUGAUCAAAACUUGUCUCAUCAGCAGAACUAUUUCUCCAGCCGGAAUGUCCAGUUGGGAAGCAGACUAGACGCUGGAUACGAGAACGUGAAUGUUGCCGACAGGAAGAGCUUUGCGGCUCAGUUGUUACAAGAUUUUGUGGCAUGAAGAAUCCACACAAAAUCACUACCAAUCUUGCUUGUAUAUAUAAAUGCAAAAUCUUAAGGACGAGUAUUGCGAGUCUCAAUUACUCUCUGUUCGAUUCGAUUAUGAACAAUCUUACAUCUACAGGUUAUUCUUCAUUGGACAUGCAAGGUUGAUCAGUACCGUAGACUACGUACGUUGAAACUGUUGGCAUGUAUACAGACAGCGAUCGGGGAUGUGGUAUUUGAUGGGUUUGGGCCUGAUACAUGGGCAUGUCUUGGUAUAGCCCAAUCCUAACCCAUUAAAUUGAAAGGAAGAAGCUUAAAUUGUUUUUGCUUUUAUUAUAUAUAUGCAGAUACAUCUGAUGGCCAA